GUUAAGCCACUAUUUUGUUGUAACCUAAAAAGGCAGGACCAUGUCCUUCAAGAAUUCUAUACAAGUUGGUAUAAAGGUGCGACCGCUGCUUAAAAAGGAGCAACAGACUUUAUGGCGAGUGGUUAACAACUCCAUUCAGCAGGCAGAUACUCAAGCCGAGCCCUUUUAUUUUGAUCAUAUAUUUGAUCAAGAUGCUACAAAUCAAGAUAUUUUUGAUAAAAUGGCCAAACAUAUUGUACAUUCUACCAUACAAGGAUUUAAUGGUACCAUAUUUGCCUAUGGCCAAACCUCGUCAGGUAAAACCUAUACAAUGAUGGGUGACGACGAUAAUCCUGGUGUUAUGGUAUUGGCUGCAAAGGAAAUAUUUCGAGAAAUCGAAUUAGCAACAGCUCGACAAUUUCUUUUGAGAGUUGGCUACAUUGAAAUAUACAAUGAGAAAAUCGCCGAUUUACUUAAUAAGAAAAAUCAAGAGUUGAAAAUUCACGAAACACCGAACGGUAUAAUCACGGUGAAUUGUGAGGAAUGCAUUAUUACUUGCGAGGAUGAUUUGCUGCAACUGUUGAAGCAAGGCAGCAAAGAACGUACCGUGGGUGAGACAAAUAUGAAUGAGCGCUCAAGCAGAUCACAUGCCAUAUUUCGUAUUACUAUUGAAUCACGCAAAAUGGAUCGCAGUGAAGAUGAUGCCAUCAUACAAAGUGUUUUGAAUCUUGUGGACUUGGCUGGUUCAGAGCGGGCCGAUCAAACGGGGGCUCGCGGUACUCGUUUGAAGGAGGGCGGUCAUAUCAACAAAAGUCUUUUAUUCCUCAGUAAUGUUAUAAAACGUUUAUCGGAGAAUGAGGACCACAAAUACAUCAGCUAUCGUGACUCAAAACUCACACGCAUAUUGCAGGACUCUUUAGGUGGCAAUGCUUUGACAGCCAUCAUCUGCACCAUAAAGCCUACUGCCAUUGAGGAGACCCAAUCCACAUUGAAUUUUGCCUUGCGGGCCAAGAGUAUUAAGAAUAAGCCUCAAGUCAAUGAGACCGUCUCGGAUGCCACCAUGAUGAAACGCAUGGAACGGGAAUUGAAAAUGUUGCGCUUGCGUUUGGCAGAGGAGCAAAAGAAAAAUGGAAGUCAAAUAAAGGUUCUACAACUUGAAGAGCAUAUUGGAAAUGAAGGUUUGAAAUUCAUUACGUCUGAUUCACUGCAUUCGGUCCGUAAUCGUGAGAAACGGCGUCGCACUUGGUGUCCUUCUUCUACAAAUAUUCCUUCACUUUCGGGAGUUCCUUCAAACUCGGCCGCACCACCAUCACGCCUUCAACCCCCAAAAUCUUAUCAUUACCACACGCCUUUGGUAACCAUGAGGCCGCAUGUGGAGUCUCCACCUGCUCCAAAACUUUUGGCAGAGGGUGCAAUUCCAGAUGCCAACGAAGAGUUCGUCCCUUCGGAGACGGUUAAUUUUGAAAGACUAUCGCCACCCAAAUCGAAUUUAACGCCACGAUGCAGUAUGACACCGAAAGUGACGACCAAUCCUAAGUUGACUUUGGAAAAGGUUGAGCAUGACUUAUUGGAAUUGCAAGCUUUUACUAACUUGGAAAAUCAAAUCGAUGUGCGUCACGAAACAGAUUCGUCCCUUAAGCAAUUGGUCGAUUCGCUUACAAAUCGCAUAUCUCUUCUUGAAAACGAACGUAUUGAAUAUAUUCAACUAAAGGAUGAACAUGCCAUUACAUGCGAGAAUUUAUCCGACUAUGAAUCUAGAUGUGAUGCCCUACAAAUACAAGUUAGUAAACUGACAUCAUCAAAUAAGAGCGCCAAUGAGAAAUUAGCCAAAUAUGAGCGCGAAUUGGCUGAGCUAAAGAAAUCCAAUGAAAAGUUGGAAAUGGAAAAUCGUGAAGUUGUCAACAUUGAGUUUGAAUUUAAGCGACAUAAGACUAAAGCAAAAUUGCGCGAAACUGAACUAAUAGAAGCUCUUAACGACAAAGAGAGGGAAGUUUCUAAGUUGGAGAAAUCUCUUAAGUCAAUUAGCAAUGCGAAUUUGGUGAAUUCCAAGGAGAACUUGUUGCAAUUAUCUCUAACCGAGUCGAAGAUAGAUGAGAACGGCCAAGUUUGCAUUAAGUGUGUAGACCUACAACGCAUUCUAAUCGAAAACGAGAAGGUUACACAAGAGUUUGCCAAACUAACACUAGAAUACGAAGAACUGCGUUCAAAUUUCCAGCAAAUCGAGAAAGAAAACGAGCAUUCCAAACUGAAAGUGAGCGAAUUGGAAGAAUUGCAAAAGAACGAACGUGCUGAAUGCGAUCAAUUGCAAAAGGAGCUCGAAGCGCUGCGGGCAAAGCUGCAGUCCAUACAAAGUGACUAUGAGCAGGUGAAUUUGGAAAACGCAUCCAAGACCGAAGAGUGUACAUCACUGAACCAGCAAGUUGAAGUGGCCAAACAAGAGAUGGUGGUACUACAGGAGAAAUACAAUAAAUUGGAAGUGUCAUGGCAAGAGCAACAGCAAACACUCAAGGAUAUAGAGUGCCAAUACGCGGAAAUCGAAAGCAAAUACAAACACUUGCAGUCCGAGUAUGAACAGUUGGAGAGCAGCAAGGGACAGUCUAUGACGGAUUGUGAGCGUCUGCAAAAGGAGAAUGUGGAAUUACAAACGGAAAUUGUUGAAUUGAAGCAAAAGGUGCAGGAUGUGCACAAGCAACUCUUGGAGGGCGAAUCCGCCGCCGCUGCUAAGGCGCAAGAGGAGAAAUCCCAGGAGACGACAGAUCUCAAACAACAGCUAUCGGAGAUACAAACACAAUUUAAUGAUUUGCAAAGGGAAUACGACGAUUUGUCCAAUCAGUUGAUGGACAACCUGCAAGAGAGCGAUACUUUGAAGGAGCAAAACACCAAACUGGAGGAGCAAGUGAAGGCUUUGGAGAUGAAGAAUCUUGAGGUCACAAGAACCGAGGCCGAAAUAUCCGAACUCAAAUCUCAAAUGGAGCAAGUUUUAGCUUCAGCAGAACGCAAGCAUUCGCUUGCCACUCCCUCUUUCCACCGAAAUUCCUCGAUGCGUAGCUCAGGUGUUGGCAUUGACGAACUGUGUGGCUUCGAAGACAGUCCUCGUGACGAUCACGGCGAUGCAGAUUUAUUACGAAAAUUCAAUCAGUUAUCCGAGUCGAUAGCACAAAUCGAGUUGGAACACCAAAACGGCAGGAGAAGGGUGUUCAAAACUCCCACCCUACCUCAAACACCCAACUACAAGCUGUGUUUACGCAACAUAUCCAGCGUUAGCCGUAUCCAAAAGGAUUUCGUAGACGAAAUGGAGAACAUACACCUGCAGGGUUCUUUCAAACAGCAUUCAUUCCAUAUUGUGGAGUUAAGCACCUUGGAGAAUGGCGGUGAAAGGCAAUCCUCCCACACUAAUGGUACCAACGAUACCAAUGGUGAUGUUCAAUGCGCCGAAAUCGAUACAAACGUAUGCAACGAUUGCAUAGAUGUCGUCACUAAACUGAAGGAGCAGAUAACGCAACUGCGCUUGCUAAACGAACAGGAACACCAAAGCAACAAAUCAUUGCUGGAGAACACGGAGCGCACACUCAGUGAGAUGAGGGAUCAAAUAACCCAACUGUCGGCCGAACUAUUGGAAAAGUCCAUAUUUGUUGAGAAUUGUGCGUGCAAAACAUAUCAAAUACAAAUUGAAAACUUGGAGAAGGAAAAGGCCGACAUCACCCUGGUCUUUGAAGAGCUUCAGGAAAAAGUCAACAAUUACACGUUCGAUGGAUCUCUAAGGAUGGACUGCACCCUAAGUGAGCAGUCCGAGACGCAUACUAACGAUUUGAAAAAAGAUCUGGAGCUAUUGCAAACCAAAGAGCGAGAAAUGCUUGAGACUUUGGACUCUCAAACUAAAAUGUUGGAGGAUCUAACACAGCGCAAUCUGGAUCUGGAGAUGGAUUUGAAAUCGGCCCAAGACCAACUGGCCACCCAGGAAAAAGAGUACAAAGAACAGUGUCAUCAGCUGCAGUUGGAGAUAUUGCAGAAACUUGAGAUAAGUGCCAGCGAGCAUAGGGACAACAUGAAGAAGUACAACAAGGAAUGGGAAGAACGCAAGGACACCUAUGAGGCUGCCAUUAAGGAAUUCGAGGAGCAAAUAGCAGCUCUCAAAUCUGAGAAUGAACAAGCUGACCUUAAAGCUCAGCAGAUUGAAGAGGAGUUGCAAAAAGUCAAGGCAGAGUUUCAGCAAUUACAAGAUCAGCACAAGGAACUGCACAAUCAAACGGAGGUUAAUGGUGAGCAAGCAAGUGCCAGCGCUACCCAACAAUUGGAAGUACUCCAAGAAGACUACAGGCAGCAACAGCGUGAAUUGCAUGAAACUAUGCAAAAUCUUAAGAAUAGCGAAGAAACCUUUGCCAAAGCAAACGAAGAGUUGAAGGGCUUGAGAGAAGAGUUGGAAGUACUUCAGAGUCAACACUUGAGACUGCAAGAGCAACAUAAGGAACAGGAAAAUGCCAAGACCGAAGAAAUGGAACAACUAAAAGAGGAUUGUGCUCAGCUACAGACAAAACUGCAGGAAUCUCUGAAAAAACUUGAAGAAUACAUGAUUGCUUCAGAUACAAAGGGCAAGGAACUUGAAGAACUGAGAGAGACGCUUCUUAGGGAUAAUACUUUAGCUGAGGAAAAAGCCCACGAACUUCAAGAGCAGCUACAGGCCAAAGAGGUCUGCGCCAACGAAUUGUCCCAGGAACUCGAAAAACUUAAGGAAACCGUAAAAUCUCUUAACCAAGACAUAGAAGAACAAAACAAGGCACAACAGGAGUUGUUGAAAGAUUUGGACACCUUCAAGCACAAAGAAGAGCAGCUAUCGCAGGAAAAGGCGGCAUUGGACACCAGUCUAUUAUCACUGAGAGACGAGUUUAAACAACUAAAUGAUCAAUAUAACCAAUUAGUCCAGGAAAAAGACACAAUUUGCCAAGAAAAAAUUGAAUUUUGUCGCAAACUUUCGAUUUUAGAGGAAAAACAAGGCUCUGAUUCCGAGUUGCAAGAACGCAUGCAAAAAAUGGCGGAAGAAAUCAAACAAUUACUCCAAGAACGUCAACAAAUACUCAACAAACUGCAAAUUGCUGAAGCGCAAAUACAAGAAUACUGUAGUGAAGACUCAGCCAGGGAAGAAAUGAUCAAAACAUUCCAUUCUAAAGUCACAUCUCUGGAAGCUAUGCAAUCGGAGAAAGACACUCUAUGCGCAAAACUAGAAGCUGAGCAAUCAGAAAUGAGUAAGCGGCUCGAAUUGCUUUUGGAGGAGAAACAAAUGCUAGAGAAGAAUCUGUUUGAUCUUAGGGAAGAGGAUGAGCUUCAGCAAAAAAAUUCCCAAGAGCAAUUAAAAAGUUUAGAGGAAGAGAUGACAAAUCUAAAAGGCAAACUAGAGAACGCAGAAGCAGAAAAAAUGGUUUUGAAGGAUAAAGUGAAAGAAUUGGAAGGUUUGCAGCCAAAAACUGCAACAUUAGAAGCAGAGCUUAUGGAAUUGAAAUCAGUCUCAGAAGAGAAAAACACUUUGGAAGAGCAUCUGCAAGCGAUGAAAAAUGCAAAAUCUGAUUUAGAAACCCAAUUGCAGCAACUCAAAAUCGAUAGCGAAGAAAAUCUCAAAAUCAUUGAAAAUCUUCGACAAGAGGAGCAGUCUUUAGAAGCUUUGCAACAAGAAAAGGAGACUCUGCAAGAGCUCCUUGACUCGAACACCCAAAAAAUGGAAAUUCUUGAACACCAAUCCAAAUCAUUGGAAGAACAACUGCAGCGCGAAAGAGAAACCGCAGAAGAAAAACUUAACGAAUUGGACAUUGCCAUAGAGAAAAGAAAUGCUGUGCAAAGUGAGCAUGACUCUUUGCUAGAAGAAAAGCAGCAACUUGUAGGAAACAUUAAAAAUCUCAUCGAUCAAGUGAAUGGCCAACUUGAGGAACUGCAAAAGACAAAGGCUGAUCUCGAUGAUUGCAAGCAACGAGAAACCAAGCUCGUCAAGGAAAACGCUACCCUGAAGGCGAGCCUUUCGACACUCACAAAUUCAAAUUCAAAUUUGAAAUUGGAGAAGUGUCAGACUGAAGAGAAACUUCAACAAUGUAAUACGGAAUUACAGGAAUUGAGAAACGAGUACAAGGAGCUUGAAUUACAGCUAAGAGCUUUAGCCGAAGACAAGAAAUCCCUCGCUCAACAAUGCAAUCAGUAUGCCGAAGAAAUUUCAUCGUUCAAAGAUCAACUGACAUGUCUGAAAGAAAAGGAAAAUGCUCAAGAAAUACUUGAACAAGUGAUGCUCGAAAAAUCUGAACUAUCACAAAAUCUUGUUUUGACCAACGAGAAGCUGAGCAAUAAAAUCAAAGAAAUUGAAGUCCUCCAUAAAGAAAACCAAGAUUCCAAAUACAACCUGGAAUUGCUGAAGCAUUCCCUACAGACUGCCAACUAUGAAAAGGAAAAGCUAGAAAGCAAACUUCAAAACUACCAGCAUCUAUCGGAAGAGAAAUCCAAAUUGGAGGAUACCAUAUCUCAUCUCAAACGCAGCCAUGGCACUGCAUUGGCCGAAUUACAGCGAACAAAGGAUCAGCUAACGCAAAAUCUCAUCAAGUAUGAACAUGAAUUUUCUGUGUUUAAACAAAAUGAAGACACACUCAAACAUAAAGUGGAGAAGCUCGAGCAAGAGAUGCACGAAAUGAAGGCCAAGGUUAAGUCAUAUGAGAACCUAAUGCAAGAGCAAGAGGAAGUUGAGCGUUCGCUACAGGCCGCCAGUAAUCAAAAUCAAAAGCUCUCCGAUGAAAUUCAAACGCUGAAGGCUUCAAACCAAAUGCAAAAUGUAAAAAUUCAAGAGCUUGAGGCACAGCUCAUGCAAACAAAGCAAGCAGAGCAAGAUUUGCGUGUAAAACUUUGCGAUUUACAAGAAAAUGUGGGCGACGAGCAGAAAUCUUUGCAGCGCCAAAUGCAGGACCUCACAACCUCUUUGGCUGAACUGCAACUCAAAUGUGAUACAUUGCAAGCUUCCAACACCCAGCUGGAAGACCUUAAUCAAAAACUGCAAAAACAACUACAAGAAGCUCAAAUAAAACUACAAGAGGGUACUGCGGUGCAAAUGCAACUAGCCGCCCUUAACACUGAGUAUGCCGAGUUGAAGAAAAAAUUGGAGGACACCAUUGAGGAAGCCGGGCGCUGCAGUCAAACCUUAAUCGAUGAUCUUCAAUACCACAAGAAAUUGUUGGAAAACCAAUUGCAGUCAUAUAAUGAACUGAGAGCAGAAAUGGAUAACAAACAGAAGUCGUACGAAGAGGAAAAGGAAGCAUUGACUAGCACCGUCACGGCCCUUGAAAAUUCAAAGACCAUGUUGGAAGAGAAACUACGAGAAAUCACCAUUAACAACCUGAAAAUGGAUGUGGAAAAACAAACAACAGAUACAUCAGCCAACACAUCACUCGAAGGCAAUAAUGGCUCACCACGGCCUCGUCGAAGCCUGGAAUCAAUGAAUACCAGCAUUGAAGAUAAGAUCUCUGUCUGCCUGCCACAAAAGAAAAUUCAACAAUCAAAUGAACGCAAAAAUCGACGCCUAAGUUCAUUCGAUGAAAGGCGAAGACAAUCGCAUUGGAGCAUUUCUAAUGAUAAGGAAACCAUGACCGAUCCAAUUGUUCCCGAUUGCAAUUGUGACGAAUUGGAUCGCAAACUCAAAGAAUGUGAACGAACUCUCUACAUACGAGAUAGUCAAGUUACCGCCUUGCGUAUGGAAUUGAAAAAUCAUCCCCUGAAAGAGGAAAAAGCAGCCCUAGUGAAACGUUUGCAAGAGGAACAAGAAAAGAAUCGCAACGAAAUAAAGCGUUUUAAGCAGAAAAUCUACGAACAAACACAAAAGGCUGAAAAAGCCAUAGCCGCUGCUGCACAGGCAGAAACGAAGCAGCAAAUAACCGAAGCGACUACCCUACCGGUUGCUCCCGCUAUUCAGAUAGAGAAGAACAGUGUUGAAACACAAACUGAUUGUGAUUUGAGUGCAAGUCUAACUACUUUGCAGGGCAAAUACAAUGAUUUAAUAAACAUUUGUCGCUAUCGUAAGACUGUUAUUAAGAACCUGGAAGAUAGAAUAGCUGAAAAGGAGAACGCUGAUGGCAAUUCAAUGAAUCCCAUGGAUGCUGCACAAGUGGUAUUUCUACAGAGUCAAUGUGAAUCUAUGAAGAAGGAGUUGAAUGUUAUCAAAGAGAAAUACGAGUAUGCCAAAACUGUCUUACACAAACGGCGUGAAGAAAUACAGAAACUGCGCUCUCAACUCAACCAAUCCUAAUCGAUAAGUUAUGGUAAAAUUUAUAUGUGUUAUUAUUGAGAUUGAAAUGAUGAUUCUGUCCAUACUGUGGGUCUUCCAUGAUUGACCUCCAUUCUAUAGAAAACGUCGUACUUAAGUUAUGUUUAUCUGUUGUAUCUAACGAAUGAUAUUUGCCUUGCGAUUUUGUACCUAUUGUCGAUUAAAAGAGAAGAAAAUCCCUCUCUUUAAAAUGAAUUGCAGAUUGUAUUUAAACACAUUAUUAGUUUAGUGCGUCCUGCUGCGUUCAUCCAUGUACCAUAUUGAAAUUAUACUAACAUGUAGUUACAUAAAUAUUCAUUUAUUGUAUCGAAACUUUAGUCCCUUACUUGUAAUGAAUUCGUAAUUUUGUUGAUCUGCAUUACUUAUUUAUUUUAUGCGUUAUUGUUUUAAUAA